UACGCUGCCACGUCUCAAGUCCCACUGAUCAAAGAUCCCUCUCUCCGCGUCCCACCUCCCAUUCCAGCUCCAAAAGACCUUCAUCCUCUGCCUCCCAGGCUCGAAGAUUACUUUGUCUACCCAUUCACCCUCGAACAAUUCGUUUUGGAGCAAAGGGAAAAGAGAGAAAAGUUGAAGAGGGAAGAGCUCAGAAAGGUCGCUCCUGGUUGGACAAGCGGUCAGACGUUGUUGCCGGAUAGCGCU